CGGCUCGUAAUUUUAAACAGAAGGAGAGCAGCCAGCGAGUGCUUGUAAGCUAAAGCUACUAGCAAAAACAUCGAUAAUUACUGACCUAAAUAAUGGGUUUUUGUCCCUCUCGUUAUUUCGGAUGAAGUGUUGGUGUCAGUCAUGAAUAUGAGCACGCAUGUUAUCACUCCUGGACCGUAUCGAGCCACGAAACUGUGGAACGAGGUGACGCGUUUGUUUCGGUCGGGCAUGCCCCUCAGGAAGCACCGCCAGAACUUCCGGCAUCACGCCUCCUGCUUCACGGCCUCCGCGGCGGUGGACUGGUUGCACCAGCUGCUUCGAAGCAACAACAACUUCGGCCCGGACGUCACCAGGCAGCAAACCGUUCAGCUCCUGAAGAAGUUUCUGAAGAACCACGUCAUUGAAGACGUGAAGGGUCGCUGGGGGACAGAGGAUCUGGAGGACAACAACGUGCUUUACAGAUUCCCAUCCACUUCUCCUCUGAAGCCCAUUCCMUGUCCAGCUCAAGCUUCAGCCUCCAGCUUCGUAAGAAGAAGACCCUCAUUCAGGGACAAAGAUGAUUUCUUUAAGUUUCGAAGUAUCAAGAAGAACGAGGAGACCUUGGAAAAUGUAGACCCUGCCCUCCAAACACAGCAAGAGGGAUUGAAUCAGCCAGUAGAGGAGCAGCAGCAACAGAGACGGGAGCUGACGGCCGAGGAUGAACAAGAAAUCUGGAGAGACAUCACCCUGACCCACCUGCAGAGAAUUCUGGGUGUUUCGUCUCUUCAUGAGGUUUUAGAGCUGCGAUGCAUAAAUCCACAGAACAUCAUCCACAACAUGACCAAAGUCAACAAGCAUGGAGUGGUCACUCUAGAAGACAAGACCAAUGAUCUUCCACAUUGGGUUUUAUCUGCCAUGAAGAGCCUGGCUAACUGGCCAAAGUACGACAGCGACCAGCCAUCAUAUCCUGGAUUUGAAAGGGAUGUCUUCAAAACCGUGUCGGAUUACUUCUACAGCCUUCCGCGGCCGUUGCUCACAUAUGAACUGUACGAACUGUUUAUCAACGUCCUGGCGUUUUGUGGCUACAUCACGGCGCCCAAUCAGCUCCAACCUGGGAAACGUAAGAAGCCYGAACUUCCCGCUGUUCCACCUCCGGCCAAGUCGUCCUUUCGCUCCACAGAGUGUCUCCUCCUGUCGCUGCUCAGGCAGGGGUCGUGUGASGAGGCGGAGUCGCCUAUGAGAGAGGUGCUCGGCGGGAAGCUUCAGUCCCGGUUGGUGACGGCGGCGGCGGAACGGGAUGUGGGAGGCGGCUGCCCGAGCACAGUUCCGUCCACGAGACCUCAAACGAGGAGCUGUUCCUUGGAAACUAUCCUCGAUACCUCGGCUCUCAUCGCUCAGCAAGAACAGUUUUCAUCCAUGGACAGCCUGGCGUCUUGCUCUCGCAGCAGCAGCCAGGACGUGAGCCCUGCCAUCACCUCACAGGACCGCUGCUCAGACUCUGCAUCUGUGGUAAAGACGAACUUUGCUGCUUGUGAAAACACUCCAGGAGUUACAAGAAGGAAAAAAUCGUCUAGGCCGAUGCUUGUGGCUCAGAAGUCGUCAUCGUUGCGGCCUCGCAGCGUGGGCAGCUGUCUGGACGUCCACGUAGAGUCCAGAGAGGAAAACGUCCAACAGAUCCGGUGGCAGAGUCGAGCGACCAGCUGCUUCAACCUGAACAAUCCUGCGAGCCAGCAUUUCUCCUCCUURGCGCCACAUCCCCCUUUGUUGCCCUCCCAUCUUCCCUCCUCUUCUUCCCGUCAGCUCUCUUUUUAUUCGUCUGCCACGACUGAAACGCAAGGCUCCAGCAGCGGGCCCAAACCCGCMUCCAGUACCUCUAAUCUUUGGCCUCCGCCUGCUGCUGCCGUCCGGCGCUGCUUCAGCUCUCUGGAUGUGUCCGAGCCGCCUCGACCCGUGCCGCUGCUCAAUCUGCCUGUCCGUGUUCCCGCCAGAAACUUCCAGCUCCCUCAACCCAAACCUGAGCACAGUAUCCUCCAGCCUCAGUGUGAGCGCGUGGCCAUCGAGGCCCUGCAGCUUUGCACUCUGCUCCUCCCCCCUGCUUCCCGCAGGAAGUUGCAGCUCCUCAUGAGGAUGAUGUCUCGCAUCAGUCAGAACGUGGACAUGCCUCGCCUGCACCCUGCCAUCGGCACCCGGACACUGAUGGUUCACACGUUUUCAGGCUGCAUCCUCAGCAGUGCCGUGGAGUGCGACUUGGAUGAGCUGCUGGCUACCAGACUGGUCUCGUUCCUAAUGGAUCAUCAACAAAACAUCCUCUCAGUCCCAGAAUACCUGCUGAGUGCCAUCAGCGACCACAUACAGUACCUGCGCACAGUACAGGUCCCUGUCGACUGUGGUUUAAAUAAUGAUGGUGGUGAUCCAGUUUGUGUUCCAGUACCGAUGUACGCGUUCUGCAAGCAAAUAAGUGGUGCUGAGUUUGAACAGCAAAAAGUGGAGUCCUCUCAGAAAGCCAUGGAGGAGCUGUUGGAGAUGCUGCUGACAGACCAAAACCUUAAUGAGAAGGACAGACGCAAGAAACUAAAGCAGUUUCAGAAGCAGUACCCAGACAUCUACAGCCGCAGGUUCCCCUCAGGCAGGGAAAAUAAGGCUGAGGGCAAGCCAAAGAUCAAACCUCCACUCCUCAACAUCAGGAAGACCAAAGCUUUCAGCAUCAGGAGUUAAAGCAGCUCCGAGGCUGCAGCCACGUCGCUGCUCUGAUGCAAGAGUUUUAACCAAGGAUCCACGUGCAGCCAUGCAACUGUUACAUUAUAUGCUCCGUUAUUUCUGUCGCAGUCUAAAACCAGAGGUAAUGCACAGUCGAGGAUUUUACAGUACGUGUAAAGGCAGGGUAAAACGGAAAGUUCCUGAGGAAGUUGAACUGUUGUUUUUAUUUAUUUUUUUCUUUUUUAUGUUUUUCUAUUUUAUUGCUUAAAGAUCGAUUUGGGAGUAAAAGUUUGCAGAAUCACUUGUCAGUAUAGGAAGAAUUAAUGGGUUAUUUCUAAUUUAUCUUAAAACGACAUAGGGAGUAACGUGUUUUUUGUUUUUUAAAGUGUUUCAUCUAAGUUGUUCAUUUCCUUUUGUGCUUGUUUUUGUCUUUAGAACCGUUUUUAUUCCUUGUUGCAGUUUUUGCUAUAGAGAGUCAGAACUCAGACGUUUUUUUUUUUUCAUGAUUAACAGUUAAUUUAAAAUGUUUCCUGUUUGURUCUCAGUCCUGCUUAGUCAGCAGGAGGUGUGUUUGCACUGGGUCUAUGUUGUGAAAAGCCARCAGUUAUUAUAAUGGGUGCUUUUAUAUAUUUUUUAAUGUAAAGUAUUUCUUUAGGAGGCAUUUCAUCAGACAUUUAUGUUUUGACCUACAACAGUUUGUAAAAUAUUUCCUAAGCAAUGGUGUAGUAGCUACUUGCUGAAGUUAUUGGGCAGUACAAGCUGUGUGCUUUUAUAAAAAAAAAAAACUGAAUGUCUUGUUAAAUAUUUUUAACACUAUAUGCUUCUAGGUACUGAUGUUCUGUUCUGAUCCUACAUCUUAAGUUCUAGUUUAAAUACAACUAACUUGAUACUUCCAGAUCCUGGACUGUAAGUAUCAGAUUGUUGUAACCAGAUGUUUGUUUUUACCUCACCUUAAAUGAAGUGUGUAUAUACAGUAUAUGUGUGUGUGUGUGUGUUUUCCCAUAUGUGUUCAAUGUCAUUGUUUUUAUCUAAUAUUUUUCCUUAUGAGAGUAAAAUGUGCACCUAAAGCUUAUAUCAUUGUUUACUAUGCAAAUCCUGGGAAAUAAACUUGUUCUGCUGUGAGUGAA